AUGGCGGGUGGAGGAGACGAUGGUGUGCGUGGGCAACUGCAUGCCAAAAAGCCGGCUGUUUUGAAAACCGUUGACGGAUCCGUUAUAGUCGUUGAUGAACUUCUCUGUUUUGUUACCAAUAAAAUGAACACUUUGUCAACUGAUGAGAUUGUGAAGCUUGUGUCGACUUGCUUUAAAUCAGAAGAAAUAGAGCAGUCCAAAAAGGUACUUUUCGAUGUUUGCAGCAGCAUGAAUGAUCACGUUACUGUGAGGAAUGUUGCGCAUAAAGGCCCAUCAAGGGAUGUAAAUAACAUUAAGACGUGUAUUAAACUGUUAUUGGAGUGCGGUGACAAGAUCCCCACUUUUGUUGCCAAGGAUUUGGACAGGCUACCUCCUGUUGGGUUCGACAACAUAGAUGUCUCAGCUCUGCUAGGGCGGCUGCUAAAGCUGGAAUGUGAAAUGGCCGACAUGAAGGAGUCUGUGCAGUCCCAUGCGAAAGCUGCUGAAAAUCUUCAGAACAUGGCUGUAAUCAUGGACACUCGAAUGACGGAUGUAGAAGUAAAGGCAGUUGCGCAAACACCAGGGUCAACGUCAAUAAACUUCCCAGGCUUAGGUGCUACGUUGGAUGCUGCUGCUCCUGCCCCAAAGCCUCAGCCCAACAGUCCUGAUCAGACUCCCUGGAAUCAGGUGGUGCGACGAGGCGGUAAUAUGAAGACUCCCCCCGUAGGAGGCGAUCCUUCUAGGCCAGUGCAAGUGCUCCAUACUCCAAUGCAACCAAAGAGGAAGCCUGGUAUUGUGGGGAAAGCCAGCUCAGGGCGGAUUCAAGCUGUGCAAACAAAGCUUGUUAAUGUAUUCGCCACAAGAUUUGACCCUGAGCUGGAUGCCGACACACUAGGAGAUUUUCUCCAGGAGAAGAUAAAUGACACUGUUACUUGCAAUAAAAUUGUUACAGAAAGAUCCAGAUUUGGGUCUUUUCAUAUCUCAGCAGUCUGUCAAAAUGUAGAGGAUAUGUACGACCCAGAUGUGUGGCCGGAAGGAGUUUUUGUGAGGAGGUAUUACGAGCCUCGCAAACUUCAAGCUUCCCUGCCUGGUGCAGAGUCUCUGCGGAAAUUCAGAAAGCUUGAGCACUCUACCCCAGUGCCUACUGGCACAGUUAAUGCAGAUCGUGGGGAUGAUAAGCUGGAGUCUUAA